UUUAUCAUUUAUUCCUGAUCCUGAACCAUUAGAAAAUAAAUUUGAUAAUGUUUAUGAUCAGCCAACCUCAGAAAAAUUUUGCCCAUCAGCAAUGAAUAAUUCUGUUAGUAGAGACCUGAAUAAAAAAAAAAUUAGUAAUUCUGCUUUAACAGAGAAUGAGGAAAUCCAACUUCAAGCUGCUCUUGAUGGUUUAUGUUAUACGUGUGGAUCACAAUUGCUACCAGAAGAUCAUGAACUCUCAAAGUAUUUAAGUGUUAGAUUAAAUAUUACUUGUAAUUCUCCUAUUGAGGCAACAUAUUUUUCAUGGCGUCUUAAAAAGUUAGAUAUUUAUUAUUGGUGCGGAGAGUCAGAGAAUCUUAUAGAGCCUUCAGAUAAAUUAAAGGCUGAAUGGAAAACUAUAUAUCCUCUAUGUGCAUUUUGUAAAGAAAAUGGAAAAACAUGGCAUAAAAGAGCCCAAAAAAAUUUAUUCAAUAAGUGCUACAA